AUGCGUAGAACAGCUCUUGGUGAACGUUGCAGAUGGAACGACUGCAUUCCACGUACGACCAGCUGGCAGGCUUGGAGAUUCCAGAUCCCAUACCGAAUGACCUUCUUGGAAAUUAACUCGUUAUUUGACGGCUAUUUAAAACGAAAACCGAGGCUUUUCCAGCGGUUCUACACUAUGGAACCAUAUCCACCUGUGACUCUUAAGAAGCUACAAGGACCAGCUGGCGUUUGCAAGCUUCUGGAGUUCUGGCGGUGUUCUGCUGUCACAGCGUCAGCAAACGGAGACCACCAUCAUCGGCACGCUGCAUUUGGCGGCCCGCCAAGAACAUCGACGCGCUCACGUGGCUGUCACGGCGUCCUGUUUUUGCUUCCGCUCUUAGCGUCAAACGCCUCGUUCACGGCCCCUCUCCCGUCCUCCGACUCUGGCGGCUUCAAGGCGGCUUGUUGGCGGAAGGACACCUUUCGGAGGAUCAUUGUAGGAUGCGAUCAGCCUGCAGAGACAGGGAAUUGUGAAAUACCUGUUAUUAGAACAUCCCGUUGGCCGUCAAGAGUCCGUCUGCCGCGUGCAAAUCGGCUGAAGUUGUCUUAAUUUUAUUACAAGGAUGCACAUGUGAUAAGAUCCCAAUGGAACUUCCAAUCUAACAGCUCAAACGAAUGCCGCAAAUUCAAAUAUGUCGUAUUGCGCGUGCAGUUACUAUUGGAUUCUGACACGGAACCACCGAUCUUGACCUGCUAGUCCAGACUGAAACUUAAUUUAAAGCGGCACAGUCUCUCCCUUUUCCUGCCACUCUUUC